UCUCUUGGCAAAAAUGUUUGUGGAACACGGCCACGCAUAUGUUUGGUGCUUGGGUGAUUUUUGAAUCCAUGGUGACCCGAGAUAUCGGAAAUGUCGACCAAUACAACAUUGACACGGAAUAUGACUUUAUCAUCGUAGGGGGUGGAACGGCUGGAUCAGUAUUGGCGGGACGAUUGGCCGAAGUGGACCAUUUUAAGGUGCUUCUCUUGGAGGCCGGGGGUGAACAAACUGACAAGAUCAAGAUCCCGUGGUUCCACUUGUGGCUUCCCAAUUCACCCCAUGACUGGAAGUUUGUCACGGAACCCAAUUACAACGGGGCUUUGAAGGGCUUCAUGGACCAAAAAUCUUGGUGGUGGCGAGGCAAAGCUAUUGGCGGCACCGGGGCCAUCAAUACCAUGAUCUACAUGCGUGGCAAUCGAAAUGAUUAUGAUUACUGGGAGUCGCUGGGAGCUCGGGGUUGGUCCUACAAGGAUUGCUUGCCCUAUUUCAAGAAAUUAGAGACCAUCACGGUACCGCAAAUGGCCCGAAACGAUUUUCAGCAUGGCGUCAGUGGACCAAUGGUUGUCGAGGAAGCCCGACAUCACACGGUCCUUCGAGACGCGUUCCUCGAGGCCGGAAAGGGCUUCGGUUUCCGGGUAGGGGAUCAGAACUCGGGUUACCAGACCGGGUUUGCACCACUUCUGUUCAAUAUCCGUGACGGCCAUCGUUGGAGUAGUGCCGAUGCCUAUCUGCGACAAACUCGUGGUAAUCUCCAUGUUGCGCUCAUCGCUCAUGUCCAUCGAAUCCUCUUUCGAAGACGAACAGCUGUGGGCGUGGAGACAGACAUUCGAGGAUCCAAGAUGAAGAUCUAUGCCAAACGAGAAGUCAUCUUGGCCGGGGGAGUGGUGGGCUCGCCUCAUCUCAUGAUGCUCUCGGGCAUUGGGCCUCGCGAUCAUCUUCAGGAAAUGGGGAUCCCCGUGGUGUACCACAGUCCAGGUGUGGGUCAAAACCUUCAGGAUCAUAUCGCCGCCUAUGGAUUGACCUGGCUGACCGGCGCGUCUAGCGCGGGAGCAGCCUAUAACCCAUUCGUCUACACCACCGACCCCAAAACGUAUUGGGACUGGAAAAUGACUCGAACAGGUCCGCUCGCUGCUCCCAUUGGCGUGGAAGGAAAUGCAUUCGUCGCCACCAAGUAUGCCAACACAUCUUGGCCCGAUAUUCAAAUCACGUUUAUGGCAUCCCAUCCUGGAUUCGACGGGGGCACCACCUAUAAAGAUUUCCUGAUGAUAAGUGAUGAACUCUAUGAGAGCUAUUUCGCUCCCACCGCCUUCACCGAGGGAUUUUCAAUGUAUCCCAUCGUCAGCCGACCCGAGUCUCGGGGAAGAAUCACAUUAGCCUCGAGUGAUCCCCUGGUUGCGCCCAGAAUUCAGCCCAAUUAUUUGUCCCAUCCCCAGGAUACACUGACACUUAUUGAAGGCCUGAAGAUUGUCAAAGCCAUCGGGGAUAGUGAAGCUUUCAAGCGAUUCGGUGCCAAAUUCUAUGAUAGGCCUUUGGUACCGUGCUCGCACUUGGUUCCGGGAACCGACGCAUAUUGGGAAUGUUGGGUUCGUUAUCUGUCCACUUCGGAUCAUCAUCCUGUGGGCAGUUGUAAAAUGGGACGCAAAAAUGAUCCCAUGGCGGUGGUGAGCCCGAAAUUUCGAGUUUAUGGCGUCCGAAGAUUGAGGAUUGUGGAUGGAUCCACCAUGCCCCAAGUCAUUAGUGGCAACAUUAACACCCCGAUCAUUAUGAUGGCUGAAAGGGCCGCAGAUUUUAUUAAGGACGCCCAUUUAGUUCGUUGAGGACGAAAAAACGAGGAUAUUAUUGAAUGCAAGAGAAAUUAUGCAUCUACUCUGUAAAUCAAAUCUUAACACCAAAUAUCUACGUAUAUGCAAAAUAUAUUCAUUGAUUCGGGCAAGCAAUUUCUAGUUAAAACAAUGAAGUCCAACUCUCUUCUUUCUCGGUCUCCUUCAAUGUUCAAUUUGCCGCCUUCAAUUAUUCGUAGGGCUUAUAUAGGCGU